UAGUAACUGACAUUACAACAUCCAUCUCAAUGUCCCAUCAAUAAACACCUAAAAACCCUACCAUCAUUUACCUGAAUAUGGAGUUCCAUCACAUUUAACACCAAAAGACAUAAAACAAGAAACUACUAUAUCGCAUUUCUCAAUCGAAAAUCCCAUUUAUCGCAACCCAUCACUCAUGCAACCCGAGAACUUCAACAUCGUUAGCAGCAUUAUAGCGGACGUGAUCCAACGGGGCUACAAGAAGCGCAACGAUUACAGUUGCCAAUGCUUGUUGGAUUUGGACAAUAAGCCGAUCAGCUCCAGCAAAGGCACUCAAAUCAACCAGCUAAAGAACUUCCACCACGUGAACCAGAAGCUGAUAUGGCAGGACAUCAUCGAGAAGGUGCACCUGCUCAAAGAGCAGGAGAUGCUGUUCAAGAGGCUGGAGAAAAACCUGUACAAACUGAGGGCGUUUCCCAUGAAUUUGGCCUUGCAGAUGAUCGGUGACGAUGUGAAAUUUGACAGACGGGAGCUACAAUCUGCAAUCAUCAACCAUUUCACGAUCGAGGAGACCAACAUGAACAAGGAUAAAACGGACUGCAUCCCGUUCGAGAAAAAUUUGAACCCGAACGGCAAAAUUUCUUAUCUGCAACCUCUCACUGAUAAUAUUAAAGACACCAGGCUGUUGUUGAAAUGUAAAGAAUCCUUCACAUCGAAUAAGAGCACCAAUAUAUCCUGCAAGAGGAUAAAGCGCCGGACGGGUGUUUACUCAUCGAGAAAGGACAAGAAGAAAGCUUCUACUCCCCGGGAAAAAGUGGUUGUUCAGCGCGAAAAUGAGGAAGUUACCUCAGAAGGUACCUCUGAGGUACUUCAAGCGAAAGUCUCCCAAAUCAGUUCGACUUCCGAGCGGCUCAAGUCCUUUUCGCCCUCCUCUUACGCAUCCAAAGAGACCUAUAUUAGUUGUAGGAAACCGCAAAAUGUUAGAGAAGCCAAAGGCAAGGAAACGCGUCGCUAGGAUUUUUAUGUAGAAUUUUCCUUGGAUAUUAACAUAGCAAUGUACAUAAGCUGUUACA